UGGCCGGAGCAGGAUGACAGCUGAACGGGUCGAGAAGGUGGAGCAGCUCAGUCUCUAACAUUAACAACAUUUAACACAAACUCCUGCUUUCCAGAGGAGGACAGACGCGUUUCGGAGUGGGACUCUUCUCGUACCUGUCGGUGGGACUUCCGCUUUUUGCCACCGGACGGUAACCUUGCGGAUAUUUUUUUUUUUCCUUUUUCACCAAGAGAGAAAAAGAUCCUUGUCCGGAUGUGCCAGCAGUGUUGGCUUUUUCGCAUGGCGUAGGCACCUUUUCUAAAGCAGGAUAUUCUUCAUGUUUGGAGGGUCGGCGGAGGCCCUCGGGGUCGACAGCUAACUGCGCAAACAUUAACUGUACUUACUUAUAAAUCCGCAAUUAGUGCGUAAAAUGGUCAGCGAAAUGAUAGUGCAGUAGAAGGAGGAAGCUCUGUAACGCGUCCCGGCUACCUCAGGAGGACAAAGUCACAACAACCACUGUUUGUUUCCAGCUUUAAAGUCCAACAACCACAAGACCAAACAGAGGGAAUAUUUGGGUCUUCAUCUGGUGUGUGUGUGAGGACCGGGAAAAACCUCCACGAUGACGGGCAGCACCCCAGCCGACAUGAUAAACCUGCGGCUCAUUUUAGUCAGCGGGAAGACGAAAGAAUUCCUGUUCUCUCCCAAUGACUCUGCAGCGGACAUCGCCAAACACGUGUACGACAACUGGCCGAUGGACUGGGAGGAAGAGCAGGUCAGCAGUCCUAACAUCCUGAGGCUGAUCUACCAGGGCCGCUUUCUACACGGCAACGUAACACUAGGAGCUCUCAAACUGCCCUUGGGGAAGACCACAGUGAUGCAUUUAGUUGCCAGAGAGACUUUGCCUGAGCCAAAUUCCCAAGGUCAGAGGAACAGAGAGAAGACCGGGGAGAGUAACUGCUGUGUCAUUCUGUAAAUACACACCUCCGCUGUCGGCCCUCCAUCCUUUUCAUCCUUUCUCACCCUCAACGUCCUGGACCUGAUGAGCUUGUCCUCUGUCCUGGAGCCUGUCCACGAUGCGGAUACACAAAAACACACACUUACAUACACACACACACCCUUUUCUUCCUGUGUUUUCCCCCUCUCUGACACACUCAAACAUACAUAGGAAGACUGCAGGCUCAUGCUGAUCCAGGACCCAUAUUUGGGAGCUGAAUAUUGAUUAACAAUAGAGUUGAUUCCUUUGUUGUACUUGAUUCUGUGUCAUAACUGAAAAUUAGAGGAAGGAACUGGAUUUGCAUGUUUUAUUUUUAUUACUUAAUGCACACCUUGUUAAGCCUUCUGCCACACACAUACACACUCAUGCAGUCGACACACACCUUGUCUAGCCAUCCUCAGUCGGUCUGUUAACAGUCAGUUUUUAGCUGGUUGUCAUAGUAAUGCAGUGCCCAAGUUUGUGUGUGGCCUUGUUUUUUUUCAUGCAGACCGCUGAGAAUUUUAACCACUAACAACUCACACACACACACAUACACACACACACACAUAUAUAUAUAUACACAUACACACAGACACACUAUAUGACACCCCGUCUGCACAUCCAACCAUAUGUGCUUGUGUGAUCUCCCUCGGUGCAGCAGACGAAGCUUAGACGUGCCUGAUCAGAGAACUCAAACCAGGACACAUACUGUACAUGGACACACAAACACAAACACACACCUACACACCUGUGUCCUUUUUACUGCCCUCCUCUGCAUGUGCCCUUAAAGUGCACAAUAGAGAAAUUACUCCUCUUUGUCGGAAGGUGUGCUGCUGAGACAGACGCCACCUACUCUUUUCAGUCAUCAUACUUCAGCCAAACAAAGCCUAACAAACAAACAAAUAGACAAACAGCCGUGGACGGUGGUGUCGUUUGGCUCAUUUGUUUGUCCAUGAUAUUUGUGACUGUGUUUUGACAGUCCACGCAUAUUACUGACCAACCAGUGUUGUGAUUUAAUAAAACGACGUUAGUUUCCCUCCCUCCCUGAUGCUCCACUUCUCAGUUUCCUGUAUCCUCUCUCCUCUCAAACAGGAGGAAAGACUGGUUUUUUUAACAGUGUUGUGAAGGAUCUCAGAUACUGUCCAAGCAGGGAAAUUAACUUGGAAUGAUGAUAUUCCUGAUUUGUCUUAAUUCGCUUCUUACUCUCUCCUUAAUUCUCUCUCUGCAUUAAUAAGUCCAUUUUGCACAACAGAAGCAUGUGCUCCAUCAGAUUAUUAAAAAUGUAUAAAACGUUUUAUUUUAUAUUUUUCCAAUGGAAGUAAUGUUCCAAACUAAGGUAACAUGUGUAGAAUAUAUUUAAUAUGAAUCUUAUAUAGAAAAUGAUGACUCUAGAUCUUGUUGAUAUACAGUAUAUUGGUGUUUAGUCUAUGAUUGUGUUUACGGUUAGCUUCUAGCCAGUUCACAGUCACUCGCUGACAAUGUCUUGUGCUUAAGAGCAGCAAAAACCUCCCUAAUCAUCGACAAACUGUAUUUUUGUUUUCUUUCUUUUGUGCUCUUUUAAUAUUGUUUUCAUUUGUUUAUAAAUUAAUGUAAUCCUUCUUUGUGUUUUUUUUUUUUUUUUUGCUUUAAGAGAAUCGCUUUGUAACAGCACUAGGUCUUAAAAGAAUAUUGUUUAUAUUGAUCAGGGUUCAAAUCUGUACAGAGAUAAACAUUUUCAAACCGAUUGUAAAUAGCACUAAUGCUCCCCUUCCCCUUCCAAACUUCAAAAUGGAAUACAUCUGUAAACUAAAUAAAGGUUAUUGAAGUGC